AUGGAGAUCAUUGAACAAUACAUACCAAUCUUCCUGAUUUUGCUAGCCUCUACAAUAUUACUCAAAGCCAUAUUCACCAAAUUAGAAGGACCAAACUUCCACCUUCCACCUAGUCCAUUGUCCUUACCAAUAAUUGGACACUUUCACUUAAUAUUAAAACAACCUCUUCACAGAGCCACUCACAACCUCUCAAACCGUUUUGGUCCCAUAAUUCACAUAUAUCUUGGAUCCACUCUUAUGGUAUUUGUUUCCUCAUCAGAAAUAGCCAAAGAAAUAUUCAAAACACAUGAAUCUUCAUUCUCUAACCGGCCAGCAAAUAUUGCUAUAAGCUAUCUAACUUACAAUGCAUCUGAUUUGGGAUUUGCACCUUAUGGAACCUACUGGAAGUUCAUGAAGAAACUUUGCAUGUCAGAACUUCUUAAUGGAAAGAUGCUUGAUCAACUCCUUCCCAUAAGAGAAGAGGAGAUAAACAGAUUCUUGCAAAUGAUGAUUAAAAAAGGUGAAGCAAAUGAGUCGGUAAAUGUUACUGACGAGCUUUUGAAACUAACAAAUAGCAUAGUUAUGAGAAUGGCAAUUGGAAAAAGCUGUUUCAAAGAAGAUGAUGAAGCGCAUAAGGUGACAGAAAGGGUAAGAGAGUCUGCUAUGUUGAGUGGAAUGUUUAAUUUGGCUGAUUAUUUUUCGCUGUGUAAGAGAUUCGAUGUUCAAGGAAUGAAGAAAAGAUUAAAGGAUGUUCGUGACAGAUUUGAUGCUAUGAUGGAAAGUAUUAUCAAGGAGCACGAAGAGGCCAGAAGUAAAUUACAAAGAAAGGAUGCUGAAAAGGAUGUUUUAGAUGCUCUUUUGAGUAUAUAUGAAGAUCAUAGCUCAGAGGUCAAAAUAACUAGAGAUAACAUCAAAGCCUUCUUGGUGGAUAUGUUCACAGGUGGAACAGAUACAACUGCUGUUACUCUAGAAUGGUCAUUGGCAGAACUAAUUAACAAUCCAACAGUAAUGGAGAAAGCAAGAAAAGAAAUCGACUCAAUGAUUGGAAAAGAUAGGAUUGUAAUAGAAUCAGAUACAUCUCAUCUUCCUUAUCUUCAAGCCAUAGUGAAGGAGACACUAAGGCUUCACCCUCCCUCUCCAUUUAUAUUGAGAGAAUCGACUGAAGACAGCACCAUUGGCGGAUACGAUAUCCCAUCAAAAACUCAGAUUUUCACUAAUGUGUGGGCUAUUGGAAGGGAUCCAAAGAAUUGGGAUAACCCUCUUGAGUUUAUGCCGGAAAGGUUCCUUAAUAAUGAUGAAAAUGGAAAAGAGAGUUAUGUUGAGGUUAGGGGACAACAUUAUGAGCUUUUACCUUUUGGAAGUGGAAGAAGAAUGUGUCCUGGAAUUUCACUAGCACUAAAUGUUGCUUACACUACCCUUGCAAAUAUGAUUCAUUGCUUUGAAUGGAAGCUUGAAAAUGGAGGGAAUGAUUCUGUUGACAUGAAAGAGGGUCCUUCUUUUAUUCUUUCAAGGGCUCAGCCCUUGAUUUGUUUCCCAACACCAAGACUAAUGCCAUAUCCUUCUAUGUGAUACAUGUUGUUACCAACAAUAUACUAAGAAGUCAAGUGAUUGAAUUCAAGUGGUUAAUGACUUUUAUUUAAGGACGAAUCAUAUGGAAGAACCUGUGUUCGAGUUCUGUAUGGAACAAUCAUUUGUAAGGCUUUAGUUACCUCCAAAUCGAUCUUCGGAUUAUUAGGAUGCCCUUCCUAUUAGAAUCAUCAGAGGGUUAAGAGAAAAAAUAGAGUAAAAACAAAAAGAAGAAAUGGUGGUGGAACAAUUAUGAAUUUGUUGCAGCAAAUUCUGAUGUACACUUUCUUUUUAUGAUGUGUGGUUUUAAAUUAUG